AUGUCACAUAAAACAAUAACAACACAAGAUAUAUGUAUAUUUUCAACUAUUUUACAAGAUAAUAUUAUUGAUAAGAACAUAAGUAAUAUGCCAAUACUAAAAGAUUUUAUUGAUUUAUUUCGUGAUAUUAUGCAUAUCGAAUUUGUUAAAAAAAUAUAUUUGGAAUUAAUUAAUGAUGAAAUUGGACCAGCAAAUGCUAUUGAUGAUAUUGUUUUUUCAGACAUUAUUAAUAGUACAAUCGAAGAAGCUUUGGAAAAACGUGGAAUUUCAUUUGGAAACUUAUCCACCUGUUAUACAGCAAUUACAUGUUUCGAUCGAACCUUAAUCAUUAACAAAAACAUUAUUUUAUUACGAUUAAUUGAUAAAGUCAAACGAUUAAGCGACCAUACAGUGAUGUUAGGUGGAUUAUUGAUCACUGUAUUACAUGAAUUCUUUCAUAUAUUAAGACGAACAAUUAUUAAAAAGGCAUUUAAUCCUUUUUAUGAACGUACACUACCAAGAAUAAUAUCAUCACGUAGUAACAUACUUAUAACCGAAGGAGGUCUUCAAUUAGAAGAUAAAUUAUUUGGCACCAUAUAUCAAACAAUAGGUCAUUUAGAUGGAAUGUUUUUAUUGAAUUACAAUAAUUGGAAAAACAAGAAUCACGAUGAUUUCAAAAAAUGUUUCAAUGAUAUGAAAACUCGUGAUUUAGAUACAAAUUCAAUAUUUAAUCGUUGGAUUUUACCUAGUAAAGGUAGUCCAAUGAAUAAUAAUGAUAAUGAUGAAAACAAUAUUGAAGAAACACCCAAAGAAUCUUCACCAUUAGACAGAUUAAAUUUACCUGGUUGUGUUCUUGCGGCAUCUUGGUAUCAAUUUCAAUCGUAA